AUGGUAACACUGGAGCACAUCGCGGCUUAUAACUUUGUUACGUUUUUCUUUUCGUUCAGCUUGUUUUGCUAUGGAUAUUUUCCAUUAUCAUUUUCGCCUACGACAAAAUGUAACGCUGAUGAUCUGCCACAAAGCAUUGAAAAUGUACGUUUCAGUGCGAUCGAUUACAAGCCACAUACUUCUAGGGUCAUAUUCAUGGUCAUCGAUGCGCUACGGAUGGAUUUUGUACAGCAGGCGCAAAACUUUACCUUUGUUAACAAACUUAUCAACGAAAACCGGGCAUGUCUUUACCGUCUACAAGUUCACCCACCGACAGUUACUAUGCCUAGGAUAAAAGCCCUCACGUCUGGGGCGCUACCCAGUUUUCUCGAUGUAGUUCUGAAUUUAGGCGGCUCCGAAAUGGAGUUGGAUACAUUUCUUUACCAAAUGAGACAACGCCAGCAGAAAAUUGUUUUCUACGGCGACAACACAUGGACUCGCAUGUUUCCUAACAUGUUUCAUCGAAAAGGAGAAAAUGCAGAUUCGUUAUUUGUGUAUGAUUUCCAUGAGGGCGAUCGAAACAUUACGAACUCACUGAAUGCAGAGCUUGAAGCGGACGAUUGGAGUUUAUUGGUCCUACACUAUCUAGGACUCGACCACAUAGGUCACGUGGAAGGUCCGUUCAGUGAAAAAGUUCCCAAAAAACUACAAGAAAUGGACAAGGUUGUCGAGACUGUUGUUGCUGCUAUGAACAAAUGGGUAUGUUUCCUGCGGCUAACUCAGCCACAUCAUAGCAACCCGUUGGUAGUUCUAACUGGGGAUCAUGGAAUGCGAGAUUCUGGAGGACACGGUGGUUCAUCUACUGCGGAAACCAUUGUACCAUUGCUCGUUAUUAGCAAUCAGUGUUCCAAAAGCGACGAAACUUAUCUUCAGAUAGAUUUGGCACCAACAAUGUCCGCCUUACUAGGUCUACCUAUUCCCUUCUCUUCGAUUGGCGGCAUGAUAGAACCAAUGUUUGACCGAUGGGAGGCAAAAGAUAUACUUUAUGCAAUGUAUUACAACACACAAAGACUUGUUACUAAAGCAAAAGCAUUCCUCGAGGCUGGCCAUCAAGCCCACGAAACUUACCAACAGUACGAAGAAGCAAAGCGACUGCAUCGAACUAUGAUAAACAAUGAAUUCUCUUCAUUAUCUGGGCUCCAACGUGCUAUUUCCCUAUAUAAAACUGUAACGAAAAGCAUGUCUCAGCUGCUUAUUAUCAAUUACAUACGAUAUGAUAUCAUGUACAUUGUAAUAGGUCUCUUGAUGAUGGUGUCAUGUGCGGUUAUCGCCGUAGGGCAAUUUGUGCAUCUUACUACAAGUGUUGAGCCACGAGAAAUAUCCUUCCGAGUUCAAUUACUUCCUGCACUUUACUGA